GCGAGGAACGGGAGUUUUGGAUGCGCGACUAGCUGUUCCACUGCUGGCGGCCUGAGUCCCAAGCUCCCCGCGCUCAUCAAAGGACUGUGACCCAUUGAGGACGCGGAGGCCGAGGGAUCCCCGCUGCUUCCCGCCACCUAAGCUGUACCUCAUGGAGUCUACAUUCAGCAGCUCCGCCGAGGCGGCGCUGCAGCGGGAGGCGGGGGCCGCCGGGCUGCUCACGCCUCUCUCGGACCUGGACCGAGUGUGGCCUUGCAGUUCCCCGACCAACUGCUGGGAGAUGCUGGGGUUGUGGCUGCACGACUGGAGGAGACCACAGGGUCGAAAAUGUUCAUUCUUGGGGACACAGCCUAUGGCAGAGGCCUUGGCCACUCUCCCGCCACGGUACACGGACCUGCUUGUCGCCAGCCCAGCUCUUCCCCUGCCAGUGGGCUCCCUCAAUUCAGAGCCUGAACCCCUGCAGCGUUUUGGGCGUCGCUUCCCCCUGGCCCCAGGAAGGUGUCUGGAAGAGUAUGAUGCUUUCUAUGUGGGAGGCUCUGGGGCCAGCUCUGACCCUGACCUCGAUCCUGACCUGAGCCGGCUGCUCUUGGGCUGGGCACCAGAGCGGUCCUUCUCCUCCUGCUGCCCAGACACAGGGGGGACCCGUGAUGAAGGUGCCCGGGCUGGGCGGCUAAGGGCACGUAGACGAUAUCUGGUAGAGAGGGCCAGAGACGCUCACGUGGUGGGGCUGCUGGUGGGCACGCUGGGCGUGGCCCGACACCGGGAGGCGCUGGCACACUUGCGGAACCUGACUCGGGCUGCCGGCAAGCAUAGCUAUGUGUUAGCUCUGGGGCGGCCCACACCUCCCAAGCUUGCCAACUUCCCUGAGGUAGAUAUCUUUGUGCUGUUGGCCUGUCCUCUUGGUGCCUUAGCUCCCCAGCCUUCUGGUGGCUUCUUCCGGCCUGUAUUGUCACCAUGUGAGCUGGAGGCUGCCUGCAAUCCUGCCUGGCCAUCUCCAGGCCUGGCUCCCCACCUCACACACUACGCAGACUUGUUGCCUGGCUCGCCCUUCCACGUGCCCCUCCCGCCACCUGAAUCGGAACUGUGGGACAUCCCAGAUGUGUCACUCAUUACUGGGGAGCUUCGACCCCCGCCUGCCUGGAAGCCAUCAAAUGAUCCUGGAUGCUCAGCCCUGACCCCACGGCCUCAGCUGGAGCUGGUUGAGAGUAGCCCCGCAGCCUCGUUCCUUAGUUCUCGGAGCUGGCAAGGGCUGCAGCCUCGGCUGGGUCAGACGCCAGUGACAGGAGUCGUAAGCGGAAGACGAGGAAUUGCCAUCGCCUAUGAGGAUGAGGGAAGCAGCUGAUACCCUGUGGGGCCAGAGACACAGAUGGACUUAAGGAUCACUGCGGACUCUUCCGGUCCCAGGUGCUGCAGGCUUCAGUGCAGAUAUGGCCAAGCCCAGGAACCACACCAUGCACAACCAGUUCCGAAAAUGGCCCAGAAAAGGCAUCAAGAAGGAAAUAGAUCCAAAGUUCCUGCGAAACAUACGCUUUGCCAAAAAGCACAACAAGAGGCACGUUGACAACACUGACGCCAUGAGCACACGUGCCAAGGCUGUUGAGGCCUGCGUACAGCCCAGGGAAGUCAGGCUGGGAUCCCAGAGGGGCAGCUGCAAGCUCGUCAACUUGUCUACAUCCUUCACCCCAAACUUGGGAGAUGUGCUGUGUCCCAUCACUAAGGGUCUCAGGUACUGCUUAAGGCCACGGCAAGGCUUAAACCACGCCUCAGGCUGCAGCUGCAACUCAGGCUUAGGCUCCCAAAGGUGCCCAGACCCCCAUAAAGGCUCCACAGGAGAGGCCUCUGUCUGCUGAUGUGAGGACAGAAGGACUGGUGUGACCCCUGGAACUAGUGUCCUCCUGUGCUAUUUGUACAAAUAAACCUGAGGCAAGAUCUGUUAAAAAAAAAAAAAA